AUGGGUGCUCCAACACAUACAGCGCAUGAAGCCGCCCUUGAGCGCCGUCAGGCCCUUAUGGGUAAGAGCGGUGCUCGAGCAAUUCUAACCAACUUCAAAGUUUUUCGGAUUGCAGCUUUCGCUUGCAUAGGAGGAGUUCUUUAUGGCUAUAAUCAAGGAAUGUUUUCGGGCAUUCUGGCCAUGCCUUCUUUCGGCAAGCAUACGGAUGGAUAUAUUGAUACGCCAUCGCUAAAGGGAUGGCUCACGGCUAUUCUCGAGCUUGGAGCAUGGUUCGGAGCCCUGUCAUCUGGCAUUCUUGCUGAAGUACUGUCCCGGAAAUACGGUAUUCUUGUUGUCACGGGUGGAAUUGGAGUUGGUGGCUUAAGUAUGAUUGUUCCACUAUACGUCUCGGAGUGCGCGCCUCCCGAGGUUCGAGGUGCCCUCGUAGCUCUCCAACAGCUUGCGAUCACCUUUGGAAUCAUGAUUAGCUUUUGGAUUGAUUAUGGAUGCAAUUAUAUCGGAGGAACAACCGUUGAGACCCAAAAGGACGCGGCUUGGCUCGUCCCAAUUUGUCUUCAGAUUCUCCCUGCUGUAAUUCUUUUCGUUGGAAUGAUUUGGAUGCCCUUCUCCCCUCGUUGGCUAAUCCACCACGAUCGCGAAGAGGAAGCCCGUGCGAACCUGGCGAGUCUGCGUGAACUUUCCCCAGAUCACGAACUCAUCCAGCUUGAGUUCCUGGAGAUAAAGGCUCAGUCUCUUUUUGAAAAAAGGAGCAUAGCCGAGAAGUUCCCACAUUUGCAGCAGCAAACAGCCAUCAACACUAUCAAACUGCAAUUUGCGGCUGUGAAGUCUUUAUUCGAGUCGAAGGCUAUGUUUCGAAGGGUAGUGGUCGCUACGGUGACUAUGUUCUUCCAACAAUGGACUGGAAUCAAUGCUAUUUUAUAUUACGCCCCGUCCAUCUUUUCACAGCUUGGGCUCUCGUCGAACACAACUAGCCUUCUCGCGACAGGUGUUGUCGGUAUAGUCAUGUUCAUCGCCACCAUUCCUGCUGUGCUUUGGAUCGAUAGAUUGGGCCGUAAGCCGGUUCUUACCGUCGGUGCUAUUGGCAUGGCUCUUUGCCACUUCAUUAUUGCUGUCAUUCUUGCACGCAACAUCGACCACUUUGACAGCCAUCAAAGUGCUGGAUGGGCUGCCGUUGUCAUGGUUUGGCUUUUUGUCGUUCACUUUGGAUACAGUUGGGGUCCUUGUGCUUGGAUCAUCAUCGCCGAAGUGUGGCCCUUGUCCACUCGACCAUAUGGAGUAAGCUUGGGUGCAUCGAGUAACUGGAUGAAUAAUUUCAUUGUGGGACAAGUCACGCCAGACAUGCUCAGUGGAAUCACCUACGGCACCUACAUCAUAUUUGGACUGCUGACCUCUAUGGGAGCUGCAUUCAUAUGGUUCUUUACACCGGAGACUAAGCGUCUUUCGCUUGAGGAGAUGGACAUCAUCUUUGGAUCUGAGGGCACGGCACAGGCAGACACGGAAAGGAUGUUGGAGAUUAAUAGGGAAAUAGGCUUGAGCGCCUUGUUGGAGGGGAGUUUGUCACCGAUUCCAGAAGAUGAGGCCAAAUCUCACGUGGACGAGAAGAGCGCCGAGCUGGCAGCCUGA